AUUAGUGCGAGGACCAAACAAGGAGUUUAUGAAACAUUGAAUUGUAAGAGAGAAAUGCAAGGGUGUGUGUUGGUUCUGUGGUGACGAUGAUCAGACGACGACCACCCAGAGGACAAUCGCCGUUACUCUACUCCCUCAUCUGGCUACUUUGGAUCGUCCUGCCUGCUGGAACCGGAGUGCUGCACAAUUAUGCGGAUAAACAGAGAUACGACGGAUGGUACAACAAUCUCGCGCAUCCGGAUUGGGGAUCAAUUGACAGCAGGCUGAUACGAAAGAUGCCAGCAGCAUAUUCAGAUGGGGUGUACAUGAUGGCAGGACAGGAUAGACCUUCGCCAAGAAAAUUGAGUCAAUUGUUCAUGCAAGGUGACGAUGGUCUCCCUUCGGUCAAGAACAGAACAGCGUUGUUCGCGUUUUUCGGGCAACUGGUCACGUCAGAGAUAAUCAUGGCCAGCGAAAGCGGCUGCCCCAUAGAGUAUCACCGAAUCGACGUGGAUAAAUGCGAUCCGGUUUUCGACAAGGAGUGCCAAGGUAACAAGUACAUUCCCUUCCGUCGGGCUGAUUACGAUCGACAAACCGGACGAAGCCCUAAUAGCCCUCGUGAACAGAUAAACAAAGUGACGAGCUGGAUCGACGGUAGCUUCAUUUAUUCGAGCAGCGAGGCAUGGGCGAAUACUAUGAGAUCCUUCAAGAACGGCAGCCUCCUCAUGGAACCAACAAGAAAAUUUCCUGUGAGAAACACGAUGCGCGCUCCGCUUUUUAAUCACGCGGUGCCACAUGUGAUGAGGAUGCUCAGUCCUGAACGUCUCUAUCUUCUCGGAGACCCACGAACGAAUCAACAUCCACCAUUGUUGGCAUUGGGAAUACUGUUUUAUCGAUGGCACAAUGUUCUAGCAGCUCGUAUACAACAAGAGAAUCCUAAUAUGUCUGACGAGGAUAUCUUUCAGAAAGCACGCCGAAUAGUUGUAGGAACUCUUCAGAAUAUCAUUUUGUACGAGUAUAUCCCUAUACUGUUGAACGAGGACGUGCCUCCUUACGCUGGAUACAAACCAGAUCUCCAUCCUGGGAUCAGUCACAUAUUUCAAAGCGCCGCCUUUAGAUUUGGACACACUCUGAUACCGCCUGGUAUAUACAGGCGCGAUGAGAGUUGCGAAUAUAGGAGAACCAAUACGGAUCAAGCAGCGAUACGACUGUGUUCCACCUGGUGGGACUCGAAUGAGGUCUUAACUAACAGUACCAUCGAGGAGCUAAUCAUGGGUAUGAGUUCCCAGAUAUCUGAGAAAGAAGAUAAUCUUCUCGGUACCGAUAUUAGGAACAACCUUUUCGGCCCCAUGGAAUUCUCUCGCAGAGAUUUAGGUGCUCUGAAUAUCAUGCGUGGGAGGGACAACGGUCUUCCAGACUACAACACUGCAAGAACGCACUUCAAACUGCCCCGUAGAAAAACAUGGAACGAAAUUAAUCCAGAAUUGUUCAACAAGAACCCUUCUCUGCUACGUACAUUAGUUGAGAUCCAUUCGAAUAAUCUAAAUAAUGUAGACGUAUACGUUGGUGGAAUGUUAGAGUCCAGCGCUGGUCCAGGUGAACUGUUCUCAACGGUGAUUAAAGAACAGUUCCUUCGUUUGAGAGAUUCGGACAGGUUUUGGUUCGAGAAUGCAGAGACUGGGAUUUUUACCAGAGGUGAAAUCGAAGAGAUUCGUCGCGUUACUUUAUGGGAUGUAAUAGUAAACGCGACUGGAAUACCAUCGGAUGCUAUUCAGAUGAAUGUGUUCACAUGGGAGGAAGGAGACCCUUGCCCUCAACCUUAUCAGCUGAAUUCCACCAUGUUGGAGCCAUGCAUUCCAUUGCAACGUUACGAUUAUUUUGAGGGAAGCGAACUGGUGUACAUAUACGCCUGUAUUUUUCUCGGUUUCGUUCCAAUCCUCUGCGCCGGUGCCGGUUACGGCCUAGUCAAGCUCCAAAACCGGCGCAGAAGACGUUUAAAGAUCCUCCAAGAAGCGAUCCAAAAGCGAAACGACGGAAAAAUUUCAGUGGACAAGAUGAUCGUACGCGAAUGGUUGCACGCGAACCAUCGUCGUUUAGUCAAGGUGAAAUUCGGCCCGGAAGCAGCUUUACACAUCGUCGAUCGUAAAGGGGAGAAAUUGCGCACCUUCGAUUUCAACGAUGUGAACACGAUUACCAUGGAGGAGUCUCAGGAGAACGAGAAUGGGCAUCGAAAAGCAUUGGUAUUGUUACGAAUACCACGGGACUACGACCUUGUCCUUGAACUGGAUUCCUUGGCUUCGCGUAGAAAGUUUAUUGCGAAAUUGGAAGCAUUUCUAUCGUCCCAUAAGAAGCAUUUCACAAUGUCCCAAGUGAGUCGGGACAUAAUGCUGGCAAAAGCGGAAACGAAGGAGCGACGACAGAAGAAACUUGAACAGUUCUUCAGGGAAGCUUAUGCACUUACGUUUGGUCUGCGACCUGGUGAAAGGCGACGACGAUCCGAGGACAGCGACAGCGGCGAAGUGGUCACCGUGAUGAGGACGUCGCUUUCUAAAAGCGAGUUCGCCAGCGCGCUAGGCAUGCGGGCGGAUGCGGUCUUCGUGAAAAAAAUGUUUAACAUCGUUGAUAAAGACAGAGAUGGACGUAUUUCGUUUCAGGAAUUCCUCGAUACUGUUUUACUUUUCUCGCGAGGAAAAACCGAGGACAAACUGAGAAUCAUCUUCGACAUGUGCGACAAGGAUAGCAACGGAGUGAUCGACAAAGAAGAGUUAUCAGAGAUGCUUAGAUCCUUAGUAGAAAUCGCACGAACUACCAGUCUGUCCGACGAUCAUGUCACCGAGCUGAUCGACGGAAUGUUUCAAGAUGCUGGCCUAGAGAGGAAGGAUUACCUCACUUACAACGACUUCAAAUUGAUGAUGAAAGAGUACAAAGGCGAUUUCGUGGCGAUCGGUCUCGAUUGCAAAGGCGCGAAACAAAAUUUCCUCGACACGUCGACGAAUGUCGCUCGUAUGACGAGUUUCCAUAUCGAUCAACUUCCUCCAGAGGAUUCCAAGAGUUGGACACGCAAGCAGUGGGACGCUGUGUCGACAUUCCUCGAGGAAAAUCGACAGAAUAUAUUUUACCUGUUCGUGUUUUACGUCACGACUAUCGCUCUUUUCGUUGAGAGAUUUAUCUAUUAUUCAUUUAUGGCUGAGCACACGGAUCUGAGACACAUAAUGGGUGUCGGAAUUGCAAUUACCAGAGGAUCUGCGGCUGCCCUGUCCUUUUGUUACAGUCUGCUACUUUUAACCAUGUCACGCAAUCUGCUGACCAAACUGAAAGAAUUCACCAUUCAACAGUACAUUCCUUUAGAUUCUCAUAUACAAUUCCAUAAAAUAGCCGCGUGUACCGCGCUGUUCUUUUCCGUUUUACACACAGUUGGUCACAUGGUGAAUUUUUAUCAUAUCUCCACCCAGCCACUGGCUCAUCUUCGGUGUCUGACCAGUGAGAUCAGUUUUCCAAGCGAUGCUCGUUUGACGAUCUCGUUUUGGCUUUUCAAAACGGUAACAGGUUUGACCGGUAUCCUCCUGUUCAUCGUGAUGACGAUAAUCUUCGUCUUCGCUCAUCCUACUAUCCGUCAAAAAGCGUAUAAAUUCUUCUGGUCAACCCACAGUUUGUACGUUGUAUUAUACGCUUUGUGUUUGAUCCACGGUUUAGCUCGCUUAACGGGUUCGCCACGUUUCUGGAUAUUCUUUGUUGGUCCCGCCAUCAUUUACGCCCUCGACAAGGUAGUGAGUCUUCGAACCAAAUACAUGGCGUUGGACAUCAUUGAAACCGAGCUUUUACCAUCAGACGUGAUCAAAAUUAAGUUCUACAGACCUCCGAAUUUAAAGUACCUAUCUGGACAAUGGGUGCGUAUCUCGUGCACCGCCUUCAGGUCGAAUGAGUUUCAUUCUUUCACGUUAACUUCGGCACCGCACGAGAAUUUCCUGUCGUGUCACAUCAAGGCGCAAGGACCUUGGACUUGGAAGUUGCGCAAUUAUUUCGAUCCUUGCAAUUAUAAUCCAGAGGAUGAGCAUCCGAAAAUCAGAAUAGAAGGUCCGUUUGGAGGUGGUAAUCAAGAUUGGUAUAAGUUCGAGGUCGCUGUGAUGGUCGGUGGUGGUAUCGGAGUCACUCCUUACGCGUCCAUGCUUAACGACCUCGUUUUUGGUACCUCCACCAACAGAUAUUCAGGUGUUGCUUGUAAAAAGGUUUAUUUCCUAUGGAUCUGUCCAUCGCACAAGCACUUUGAAUGGUUCAUCGACGUGCUCAGGGACGUAGAGAGGAAAGAUGUAACGGACGUAUUAGAAAUUCAUAUAUUUAUCACGCAAUUUUUUCACAAGUUCGACUUACGUACUACCAUGCUGUACAUUUGCGAGAAUCAUUUUCAGAGGCUAUCUAAAAAAAGCAUAUUCACUGGGCUGAAAGCCAUCAAUCACUUUGGUCGGCCCGACAUGACUUCGUUUUUAAAGUUUGUUCAGAAGAAACAUAGUUAUGUCAGUAAAAUAGGAGUAUUUAGCUGCGGACCACGCCCCCUGACGAAGAGCGUGAUGUCAUCCUGUGACGAGGUGAAUAAGGGUCGUCGUUUACCGUACUUCAUUCAUCAUUUCGAAAACUUUGGCUAGUCUGAUCGAUGAACAGGAGAAGGACGAUAGACUAUCAUGAAUGUUCAUGGAAUUCUAUCGAGUGUACAUAUUCAUGCGUGUACGCGCAUCCUUUAUUUAUAACGAUUAUUAUAUUUCUUAUUUAUGACCACGAAACGAAUCAUUUUCUCUUUCAGCUCUGGAACUCCUAGGAAACCUUGAUCUCCUUAGUUCUACGUA